GCCCUAUACACGGAAGCUCUAUAACUCCAUACUCCCGGAGUCAUCACGCGCUCACUCACUGCCUUGCCUGGCCACGGUGUCUGCAGCGUGCUCUCCGUAUCAUCCGCCUUGUUGGACCAAAGGACACAAGCGCGUUUAAACUCGCUUCAACAAAUCGUGGAAAAUGUCUUCUACCCUCCAGAAACUCAUCACCCCCCUGGCCGAGGGCCCCGCAGAGCCCCCCAGGAACAAAGUGACCGUUGUGGGCGUCGGCAUGGUGGGGAUGGCCUGCGCCGUCAGCGUCCUGCUCAGGGAUCUGGCUGAUGAGCUGGCCCUGGUCGACGUGAUGGAGGACAAGUUGAAGGGAGAGAUGAUGGACCUGCAGCACGGCAGUCUGUUCCUGAAGACGCCAGUCAUCGUGGCCGAUAAGGACUACGCGGUGACGGCCAACUCCCGCGUGGUGGUGGUGACCGCCGGCGUGCGCCAGCAGGAGGGCGAGAGCCGCCUGAACCUGGUGCAGAGGAACGUCAACAUCUUCAAGCACAUCAUCCCCCAGAUCGUCAAGUACAGCCCCAACUGCAUCAUCAUUGUGGUGUCCAACCCAGUGGAUGUGCUGACCUAUGUCACCUGGAAGCUGAGCGGUCUGCCCAAGCACCGCGUGAUUGGCAGCGGCACCAACCUGGACUCAGCCCGCUUCCGUUACCUGAUGGCCGAGAGGCUGGGCAUCCACUCCAGCAGCUUCAACGGCUGGAUCCUGGGAGAGCAUGGAGAUACCAGUGUGCCCGUGUGGAGUGGCACCAAUGUGGCUGGCGUGAGCCUGCAGAAGCUCAACCCCGCGAUGGGCACCGACGGAGACAAGGAGAACUGGAAGGACGCCCACAAGAUGGUGGUCGACAGUGCUUACGAGGUGAUCAAGCUGAAGGGCUACACCAACUGGGCCAUUGGCUUGAGCGUGGCUGACCUGACGGAGAGCCUGGUGAAGAACAUGAACAGGGUCCACCCCGUCUCCACCAUGGUCAAGGGCAUGUAUGGCAUCAACGACGAGGUGUACCUGAGCCUGCCCUGCGUGCUGAACAGCACCGGCGUGUGCAGCGUGGUCAACAUGACGCUGACCGACGACGAGGUCGGCCAGCUCAAGAAGAGCGCCGACACACUCUGGGGCAUCCAGAAGGACCUGAAGGACAUUUAGAGUCGUGCUCCUGUACAUGCAUAUACCCAGAGAAUCACACACACACACACACACACACACAUAUACACACACACACACACCUAGAGUACCUCAGUCUGAUUAAAAACCCAUCGUUCACACUCUGAGUUACACUCCUGCCCUGACUGAAUGGUCACACUCUAUACCUGAUAACACACACACACACACACACACGCUUGUUCCAAACAGCACUUCCGACCGCACACACACACUCCAAGGAUUCAAACUCUACACACACACACAUACACACACACACUCCUAGCUGUUCUCUGUGACGGAUGUACACCCUUACAUCUCCGUCCAACUCUCCUUUGCCCGUAGGCUUCCAUUUUGGAUGUGAUUGCAUUGGUCAUUGUGUUGUUUUGCUUAGUGGUUCACCCCCCCACCACAAUGAAACACCUUUUGGAUGUCUCAUUCAGCUGGGUCCUUAUGAACAAGAACGAGACGUAAGAAACCAAGAAUGUGAGCUUUGCCACCCAAACCUCCUCCCUAUGGGCGUUGCAGUGUAGGGGCCAGAAUCUCAGUCUAUCUCCCUUCCAGCCUCUUGUAUUCUACUCCAGCAGUGUACUUGUAGACACACACACACACACACACUCAGCAGUAGCGCUUUGUUGAUCCCAAGUAUGAGGAAGAGGAUGAUUUUCUUCUUUAUUGUUUUUCUUGGGCACUCCGCUGUAUCCUGUAUGUUUGGGUCGAUGAGGAGGUCAGCCAAGGUGGAGGUGAACAAACAUGGUCCUUUUUUAAAAAAUCUUAAUGUAGAUGUCAUUCACGCUGUUGAAUGUGUUUAAAGCUGACAACACUGAUGAUUAAGUUAAUAAAGAUGUAAGCGGAA